AGAUGUCAACUGUUAAAAUUCUUGUCAGAACAAGUUUUGCGCGGGCUCUUAUCGCAUGACGUACUGAUGCAUAUAUAUAUAGGCGUCUGCCGGUUUGCAUGGUGGUGUACGUGGUGUAGCAGUAGACGAUCAUAGAUAAUAGAAAGACAGCAAACCAUUAUUUUUAACUCUCAUUUGGACUUUAAAUCAUGGCUCUACUUGGAUAAAAAUAUUUUUGCACUAUUGUUUUUGUUUUACUAUUAUUUUUUUGACGUGAAGACUCAAAAACUGUACGAGUCGUCACACAUGCAGUCCAUGUGUAAAACGUAAACAAAACCAUCCCCACUUGAGGAUUUCUUCGAAAUUUUAACAAUGGAUGAUUUACGGACGAAACUGGACAUUCCCAUAAGAUCUGCUCGGUUUUAUGGUGACUCACUACAAGGAAUUUAUGACGAACUCGAAAGAAAAGCUGAACUGUCCAGGAAACAAAGACCAGCAGAUCCUGAUACUAGACGUAGAUCAUUGUUGCAACCAUCUAGAUAUAAAGAAGAAUUUUGGAAGCAAAAUGAAGCCUUACAAAAUGCUGCUGAGCAUAGUAUAGAUGACGAUGUUCUUUGCUGUUUUGUUUUUCAAGAUGAGCAUGAAAGAAGGCGGUUUAUUGUCACAUAUCCAGAAGACUUUUGGCUGGACUGUGAAGCUAUAAAUAUGGAAAAGAGGGUUUUUUACGAGGUGAUUCCAGAGUCAUCACCUUGUUUUCUGUAUUAUGAUCUUGAAUUUGAAACAGAUAUCAACAAAGAAAAGGAUGGGGUCCGAAUGGCUCGAACAGUUAUUGAUGUUACUUGUGCUUACAUAGCAAAAUAUUGGCAAUAUUCUUGUAACAGACAUAUGGUCAUUAAUUUGGAUUCUUCCCGGCCUGGUAAAUUCAGUAAACAUCUGAUUUUCAGCACAAAAGAUGUUGCCUUUGAGAAUAAUUUUCGUGUGGGAUAUUUGGUGAAAAUGAUUUGCACUGAAAUAACAAAUUUCUUGUCCGACCCCAGUGCAGUGCAUGAUGUCUUGAGUAAUUUCAACAGAGCAGAUCUUGAAGAAUUAUUUGUUGAGACAAACAAAGGUAAAAGAUUGUUUGUAGAUACUAACGUUUAUACAAAAAAUAGACAUUUUAGAGUCUACAAAGCUACAAAAUGGGGCAAAAAUUCUCAUUUAGUGCAAGCUCCUGAUUGUGAAUACACUUGGAAUAAGUGUCCAAAGAACAAAGAAAUGGAAGUGUUCAUCAAUUCUCUUGUUUCAUAUUUACCAAAUAAGAAAAAACUAAGACUUUUUAGUUUUGAUCAAAAUAAGCAAGCUCAAACGCAAUGCUAUGCUCAAAGUGCAGAGGGGCGUUUGCAAAAAACAUCUUUAUUCAAAGAAUUUCCAAAAUCACCUUAUCCAGCAUUGGAUAGAUAUGUAUCUGAUUUUGUGAAACCUGGAAAAGUAAGAGACACCAAAUAUAACGAGAGCAUUCAAAUAAUUACGUACGAAAUUGUUGGCAAUAGGUAUUGUGAAAAUAUUGGCAGGUGGCACAAAAGCAAUAACGUUUAUUUUAUUGUUGAUCUUGCCAAUAAAAUGAUGUACCAAAAAUGCCACGAUGAGGAUUGUGCUGGAUUCUUCUCUACUCCUAAAAAACUACCAAUGGAAGUAACAUUUUAUUUUGAUGACGAAAUGGACUCUCUAUUUUGUGCUCUGGAGGAAACGUGAAAGGUAGACAGAACACUAAUUAUUCUUGUAAAUAUAGUAAUACAGCCUUAUAUGCUACAUAUGAACUUUUGUAAAUACUAAAAAGUAGCAAUAAUCGCUUUGACUGUAACAUAUUUUUUAUUAAAUAAAACAUUUUCUAUAAUACAA